AUGAAAAAUUGUAUAGGACCUUAGAGUAAUGAAGGACUAAUGUUUAGCAGAAAGGAAGUAUGUGCUUGGGAUUGUCCAAAUAAUGAAAAAUUAGGAUUUUUAAAAAUCCAAUCACCAAAUCUUUUAGAAUUCAUUUUCUGUUUUAUUGUCAUGUUUUUCUAAAAGAUGAAAUAGAGUAAGUAUUUAUAACAUUUUGAAUUUAGAGGAAAAUAUAAUGAUGGAGGCAACUUUUGAGAGAUAAAAUUUCAAUAUAAAAUUACAAAAUACUAUUUUAGAAGUGUUUAUUAUUGACUUCAUUAAAGCUUUGAUGCUGAAGCCUAAAGAGAGUUGUAAUAUAACGAUUUCGUACUAGUUAUUCAGAAAAAUUUUUUACUCAGAUUUAUGAAAGAAUUUAUAAAAAUCAUGUCUACAACUACCUAAGCAUUACUUAAUUAAAGUGGAGAUCAU